AUGUGGCCUCGGUGCGAGUUAGUUUACCUGGAGGGUGCCAACGCUUCGUGGGGAUCGCCCGAAAGCAACCAGUACCACAUACAGACCGACGAAGGUCCGGAGCGUUAUUUCCGCUACCAGACGGAUAACGGUCAGUUCCGGAAGGAGAAGCGGUUGCAGGAUGGUACGGUGAUUGGAACAGAUGCUUGGAUUGACGCGUCGGGCUACUUACGACAGAACGACUACAUCGCCGACCACAAGGGCUAUCGGAUUCUGAAGUCGAAAACGGUAUUCGUUGGCCGGGAUCGACCGAUUCAGGAUGCUAUCAAGGUGGCCAAAAAUAAGCCAGCAGAUUCGGGUGUCCUGGUACCAUCGGAUCCUUCCUACGAACCUCCGGCGCCUGCGUCCCAUCCACCUCAGCAUCAGCAUAGUCCACCACCGAACCGUCCCAUCGCCGUCGUUCCCUCGACUCCCACCCCCGUUUCCGUUCACUCAACACCAUCCUUGAAUGCGGUCUUCAUCCGGCCUCAUUCACAGCCGGUCGCGUCCAACUAUCUCCCUCCGACAACGGACCACCAAUACUUGCCCCCUUCAUCGGUGGGUGCUCCUCCUCCAGCCAGCAGAUACUACCCGACGGUUUCCGCGCGACCACCGGCCCUCGACCUUUAUGUCCCCUCAACCACAUACACUCCUCUGACCGGCAACGAGCUGUCUUCGACUCCCAUCGCCGUAUACGCUCCUUCGUCCACGCCGUCGCCAUUGAGGGACAGGUCGGAGGCCCAUCUACCACCGCUCGUGAUCUACAACCACAACGCACCGUCUGUUCCCGGAUCCGAUCAUGGUGGGUAUGUGGCGGCAACAACCUACAACCCACCGCACCGGCGAAGGAGACCUCACCCAGCCGAAAGGCGCCGUCGGCCGUCGUCAAGUGAGCCGAUUCUGAUCAGCUCCUCGAGGCCCUACGUGGAGCACACCACCCCACCAUCGGUGCAUCUCAAACCGCUGGCCGUGCAGCUGCAAUCGAUCGAGUCCGGCAACGAGCUGCUCGAGCACUCUCAACCCUCGUUCAACCGCGAUCUAAUCGAUCCACCACCGCAAUCCGCUGGCCAGUACCAGCGCCGAUACUACGGCGACGUCGUCGUUCCCGAGCAGGAGGUAACCGUGCGGAGGUCUGGCGAAAGCCACCCGUACGAUGGCGUGGCCGUCACGAACGAUGGCUUCCGGUAUUAUUUGCCCCGGCAGUACCACGAGGAGCGCAACUCGGGCAGUGACACCCGGGAUGGUUCCUUUGGGUACAUCGAUCCGUUCGGGAUUCGGCGCGUCGUGUACUACAACACCGGACCCAACAAGGGUUUCGUCCACCGGAAAAACAACCGCUUCGUUGGGUUCGACGCGACACCGUACGACCCAAGGCCGGUCGCGUAG